AUGAGCUGCCAAGAGACUAUUAAACUAGGGCUCUUACAUGAGGAAGACGCAGUGAAUCUUUUCCUACAUCAUGCCACUGAAAAUGGGAAGGAUUGUCCUAAUAAAUUGAAGUUGCUAGCAUCAAAAGUUGUGAUUGAGUGUGGAAACUUACCAGUUGUAAUUGUAGCAGUUGCUCGAACCUUUAGAAAUUGGGAUCCAAAUGAAUGGGAGGAUGCUUUUGCAGUAAUAGAAAAAGAUUCAUCCUUAAGGCAUGGGAACAUUGAUGAAGAAGUGAAAAAGUUUUACAAUUCUCUGAAAAUAAGCUUCAAGUGUCUAGAUAGAGGAGCGCAAGAUCUCAUCCUGCUAUGUUCUAUAUUCUCAAGAGCUUAUGAAAUACCAGUAGAGGUUUUAAGCAGAAUUGCUAUAGGUUCAAGGCUUAGUGAAAAUGUUGGCAGCUACUAUAGAGCAAGAAGUGAAGUGCUUUCAAUCAAAACCACACUCAUACGUUCUGCUUUAUUGCUCACUACUAGAGAAGGAUUUGUAAAGAUGCAUGAUGUGAUUCGUGAUAUAGCCCAUCAAAUAGGAGAUGAAAAGAUUCAAGUAAUCACGGAUUCUAAAAGUAAAUUGAAGGAGAAUGUAAAAUAUUCAUCCUGGAUGAUAGAUGACUUUUCUAACUCUUUUGAGGGCAUUAAUCUUGAGGUUCUUUUAGUAUGGGUAAAUAAUGCAAGUCAUCCUUUGGGAGUUCCUGAGGCAUUCUUUGGAGGUAUGAAGGGACUUAGAGUUUUGCUUUUGUGUUCUAAGGUUAAGUUUCGGAGAACAUUGGCCUUGUCACUACCAAAAUCAAUUCAUUCACUUGAAAAUAUCCAAACACUGUCCCUAACAAAUUGGGAGUUGGGUGAUAUAUCUAUUUUGCAAAACCUCAAAAAACUCCAAACUCUUGAAUUGACAAAUUGUUCAAUUAGUGAAUUGCCAAAUGAAGUUAGCCAACAGGAGAAACUGAGGUUGCUAGGCUUGGUAGAUUGUUCAAUCGAAAAGAAUAACUGUUGGCUUGAUUCAUCAUGCUCCAAUGUUGUGUACUUCUCGUCUGGAACCACUUCAGUAUGGUUCUUUUCUUCUUGUUGCCCUUUAGUAGGUUCUUUCCUGUUAACUAGCAUUGAGGGAGGCGACCGCGUCAUAUUGCGUGAAGGAGGGGAUCUAUAUCCAAUAUCAAAUCCGAAGAAUCAGAGAUGA